UCAUUCGCCAUACAAUAAACAGUCGGUGGAAAGUGGACAGUCGGUGCGCUUCUAUGUUUACGUAUUAGUUGGUGAAAUAAAAUUGCUAAAUAUGUCUGAAUCAAAAGAUGAAAAAUUAUCAACUUUACGAGAAGUCGACUGGUUUUGCGUUGUACUUAAUCUUCAAGUGGCAAUUUCUUGUUUCUGUGGAUUACAUUUCAUUAUUUAUGAUGCCUAUUUUCUCACGACAAGUUUCAGUUUAAUGCUAAUCUUACUUUCCACAAUUGGAGUAACAGCCGGAGCACAUCGAUUAUGGGCACACAAUUCCUACCAAGCAACAACUUCACUAAAAAUAUUUCUUAUGCUUUGUCAAACAUUGGCUGGACAAACCUCCAUAUACAACUGGGUUCGUCUUCAUCGGCUUCAUCACAAAUAUUUCCAAACAGAAAUGGAUCCAUUUAAUCCUCAAAAAGGUUUCAUUUAUUCUCAUUUUAUAGCAAAUAAUUUGAAACUGAGUCCAGCGCAAGAAAAAUUGUUGGAAGAAAUCGACAUGUCUGAUUUAGAGCAAGACAAAAUUGUCAUGUUUCAGAAAAAGUAUUAUUGGUUCCUUUUUGUAAUUGUAACUUUACUUUUGCCAAUAAAUGCUCCUGUGGAAUAUUGGGACGAAACUAUUUUGAAUUCAUUCUUCAUACUUGGGUGGUUACGUUUGGGAAUUAGUUACCAUUUAACUUUACUAAUUCACAGCGCUAUAAAUGUUUUUGAUUUAAAACAAAUGGACAGGAAUUCUUAUGACAGCAAUGCAGUUUUCUUCAUAAACAAGUCUUAUUGGAUUUCUUAUCACUACAUGUCUCCUUGGGAUUACCAAACGGGUGAAUAUGGCAAAUAUGGAAGUGAUUGUACUUCAAAAUUUAUUCGAGUGUGCGCUGCUUUGGAACUUGCAACAGAUUUGAAAACAGUUGAUAGUGAAAUGAUUCGAGAAGCUUUGACUCUGUGUGUUGAUGAGAAGAAACCAAUAGAAGAAUGUUUGACACGGCUAGGAAAAAAAUCCCAUGAUAAAUUGUUAAAGCAUUAUCUAACACCUUCAAAAUUUCAUUAGAUCCUCAACAGAUUGCUUCAAAAGUCUUGGACCAUCUCUUAGAUAGUACCGAGAUAAAGUUUUUUUAACAAAAAAAUGAUUUGAGUUUUUUUUUCCGAGAUAGAGCUCAAUAAACUAUAAACAAAAAAAUAUAUCAAAACUUAUAAUCAAGUUAAUUUUUGGGAAAAAUCUGAAUUUAUUUUUACCCUUAAACUGAACGAGAGUUGGUUCGUCACUUUUGGGUCAUUCUGUAUUGUUUUUAUCAAAAUACAAUAGUGUGGUUCUGAGGUAUAUUUUACAUUGUUGUGAGCAUAGUUGUAAUAAAAUUUAUUAAGUAGA